AUGUCCACCCCCCAGCUCUUCGGAAGAGCCUGCAAGACCUGUCGUCGGCGAGGACGACGCUGUGACCGAGUUUUGCCUGCAUGUGGCACCUGCGAAUCUAAUGGCCUGGUUUGUGAAGGAUACUUGCUGCGAUGGUCGGGUCUAGCAAGCAGAGGAAGACUUGCUGGCAAGACUUUCCCUAUGAAUGCAGCCUCAAGUGAAAAGCGACAAAUACGGCCGCGACGGUCUCAACAACAAGCUCCACCAGCUGCAUCCACUACCCGGUCGCCUACCGGAGAAGAAAGAUAUGUUCAAGAUCGCCAGCCUUACGACGAAGCGACGCCUAGCAACGGAUCUUCUGAGUGGCUACCGGCUGAAAGAUCACACUUGAAUACAGAUACAGGGUCGCCAAUUGACUCAGCAUCAUUCACUGUUCAACCUGAAGUGCUGGAUGAUACUUUCUUACCAAGUGACGAAGCAGAGAUAGCACCGGAAGUCAUUGCGCCCUGUGAUGCUCGUCUGGAAUCAGGACAAAUCCCAACUUCACAACCCCCUCUUUUUCCCGCCCUGGAUAUCAUCGCUAUCCCGACCGAACUGAAGUUUAUCUUAGAAUACCACCUCUGCGAAGUUGUCCCCAAGUUGUGCGUCGAUAACCAUGAUCCCAAAAACCCAUACCGUGAUUAUAUAUUUCCUCUUGCCACUGAGGUUCCAUCUCUUAUGUAUGCGUGUGCCGCUCUUGCAGCAUGCCAUUUCAACGUACGGCUAGGGACAACUCAGUUCCAGAACGAAUUCCUAAGAUUCAAGGGCAAGGCCAUGAAGCGUCUACAAGAGGAUUUGUACUCCCCAGUGCGGGCCAAACAACCUGCAACGAUAGCCACGAUCCUCAUGCUCUGUCUUUGUGAUAUCUGUCACAGGGGUUUCUCGACCUUUGAUUCGCACUUUCGGGGGGCUAAGAAGUUGAUUGAACUACGUGGCUCUGACCGCACCGUUGGCUGCUUCGUAGAACAAUAUCUUGUCUGGCUUGAUAUCAUGGCCGCCGCUUCGCAUUCAAGGCAGCCAGUCUUCUCCCGCCAAGAUAUUGGUGAAUUUUUUGAUGGAAGUGGGCCGGAUUGGAGUUUUGAUGUUUUCCCAUGCACAUUGGAUCAAUUUCAGGUUCUGUGCGAAAUUGUCAGCGUCUAUAAAAGCCAGACUAAUCCGGAACGGCCGUCAAUGGAAGUGUUAUGCCAGGUGGAAGAGAUAAAGCAGAAAUUGUUACAAGGCUGGCCUCGUUCCAAUCGAGGAACGCACUGGUUUCACCUAACCGAGGCGUACCGAUAUGCCAUUUUGCUGUAUUUGAUCCGUUUAUUUCCCUGUGAUGUCGACGAGUACGAGAUUGAUUGGCUGGUUUCCAGUGUUUUCUACCAUGCUAGGUCUACACCUCCGGCCUCGGGGUGGUCGGACCAGUUACUUUGGCCACUUUUCCAUGCUGGCCUUGAAACCAAGGACUCCAAACGGCAGAACUGGCUCAGAGAACGAGCACAGUGCAUGCAGAUAUCGGGCGGAUUUGGCAACGUGCAGAGUGCGCUAACCAUCCUGGAAGGUGUGUGGGCGGGCCAGCGCCCCUCUAAAUAUUUGGAUUUGAUGCAGGGGUUUGAAAAUGUCAAUCUGCUUCUGAUCUAG